AUGAUGCCGCAAAAAAUACCAAAAAUACAUUAGAUCAACUAUCAUCAAAUUUUUAUGAAAUAUUCUUACUAUUAAAAUAACAAAUUGUUGCCCAUUGCUCAUUUAGGAUCUUAUGAGACUGUUGAAGAUACUACUUCAAGCAGGUUCGAAAAUAAGCAAUCCGCAUCAAUAAAUGAUAAUAUUAUAUUUUCUUUUAUUAAACACAAUCUUACAAAAAGGAGACUCUAAACCACACAGUGUUAUUACACUGCCUCUAAGUUAAAAACUAUUCUAAGUCAAAAUAAAAUUAAAUCAACAAAAACAGUAUGCUUAAAUGAAAUUUUUGGAAAAGAAUUGAAUGUUCAUAAAUUAUACAAUAUCUUUAGCAAUUUGGGUAUUUUACAAUAUAAAUAUUUAACUUGCUUUAGUAUUAGGCAUAUUUUGUAUAUCAAAUUGUCAGAAUUUAGAAAUUCUUUAAUAAUAAUCUUCGCUGCAAAUUAUUCAAUUGAAAAGUUAGUUGGUCUGAAUACCUUAUAUGUAGAACAGGACUAUAUUACACUUAAAUUUGAUGCAGAAAAUAACUAGAUUUUAUUUCCUCGCAGCUAAAUUCCUCAUAUUUUAAUUUUGAAAAAAGUUUCCUCCAAUUCUGAAAUGAUGUGGGAUAUCUUCUCAAAAUUAUUGUUUUUAUUGAACUCACAAUUUAAAUUUAUGUGUUUAAUCAAAAUUGAAACUCGAAAGCAAACUUUUGAAGUUGUGGCACUUAUGCAUAACGAAAAUGUGGAUGGAAGAAACAUUUAGAUUUCAUUCACCAAAGCCAAAAUUUGA